AGCCCCGCGCCCCACGCCCGCUCCAUCUCCGCCCGUGCACUUCGCCGCCGCCAUGCCCCUGCUCCUCCCCUUGGUUUCCUCCUCUUCUAGCUGUCUCUCCUCCAGCCGCAUCGUCGACCAUCUCCCUAACUCUUUAUCCCAUCCCUGCAAGGCAGUGCCUCCCCACGUUCUCGAUCCGGCGUUGCCGUGCACGAUGGUUUCGCCUCCCCAUGUUCUUGAUCUGGUGUUGCUGUGGGUAGGCCACACUAUGGUAGAGCAGGGGCGGUGUGAUUUCCGUGAUGGGUAUGGAGGACGAGGACCAGGGGGAGGGUGAACAGGACGGACAUGGGGAAGGUGUUGCGAGGCCGGAGAUCCAGCGGCGCUCGAGUCGCAGUGGUGGGCCGACCAUCACUCCCGACCGCUGGUUGUUGUUCCUCAUCCCCAAUCUAGGCUAUCUUAUGAAGAAGAGAAGAGGGAGGAUCUUGAGGAAGAGUCCAGAACAAGGUGAAACUUCUCUCGUGGACCCUGUUUUUGGCACAAUACAUUGGGAGCAGUGCAGAUUUGUUGCUGCUGGAAUGGAUAAUGAAGAACAAAAGCAGAACGAAGCUAUGGUUUUACUUGCAGCUUGGUUUUCACAUUCUUCCCAGAUGGUGCCCGCCAUCCCAGUAUGCCUCCUCAUUCUGAUGCUUUUGACCCGCCCGCAGCUUCAUGACGAAGUAAAAUAAAAGCUUAUGACCGAAGAAACAUGCUUGGAUAGGCGUCCUUGUCGACCUCGCAGUCUCCAACCCAUCCUUAGCGGCAUGAUUGAAGGGCAAGACUACCAGCUGGUGAAGGAGAGGAUAUGUAUUCGGCGUGUCCUGAAGAGGUAGUCCACGAACCGGCAAUGGAGGAAAUAAGGUAGAGACGGCAAUAGCAGCAAGUACGUCAAGCGCCAGGGAUGUGGAUAUGGUGUGGCAUAAAAAGGCUGAUGUUCUUGCUCAGUAUAAGCCAACAAUGGAGAAACUGACCAAGCUAUCUUUCAUGAUCAGUUACACAGCAAGCCUAUAUUUUUGCUGCUUCUACAUGUUGCUGUGAUGGUCAUUCGGCCCAUUUUCUUGAACCUGCACUACAACGAGAGAUCUGGGCUGCUUCUUUGUAGCUUCCAAACUUGAAAUGUUUGUUUGGAAGUUAGUUUAGUUUUUUGUUGUGGAUUCACAACUUCUCACAUGUACCGUCCUCUUAAACCUUUCGAUUUCCAAAGAAACUAAAAGAAGAUAUGGUGGUAUGGUCUCAAUAGUACAACUUAAAGCCUUCCAUGCUUUAUA